AUGUACGAUGGGGGAAUAACCACAUUCGCUGGCCUAGCCUUUUGCACUCCGCAUCAGGCGAACGCAGGCAUCGAUGAUGCUGCCUUGAUGAACCAUGUUAACGGGCUGCUUACUCAUGCAUUGACUCCAACUGCAGUGGCGGGUCUUAGGCGCCUGGCCUUUGAGGCCCAGGCGCUGGCCCUCCAGGACUUGAAAACCAAGCUCGAGAGCCCAGCCGAGCACGAGCCAAAGGUUCUUCCGCUCCAGGAGAAGAUGGCCCGGCUUACAAGGCAGAAAGAUCGUCUUGUGGGGGUAGUGCUCACCCCUCACAAUACUCCCAGCCACGCCUUAAUAGACAAGGCGUGCUCGCAGUUGGAGGAGGGGUCUCUUCAGUGGAUCCAUCCCAACAAGUGCUCCUCGCGACACUCUGAGGCCCUCUCGGAGAAGCCUCAGACUUCUUUGUCAUUCGAUUCCAAAGGGUCCAUCAAAGUAAGUAAGGCAUCACACGAUAUAGAGUGUGAUACAAGCAGCGCUCACCUCUUGAGGGUGGCUCUUCAGAGGCGAGCUCUCGCCUAUGACGUGGCCAAUCUGUUCAGCUUCAACGUUAUGGAGAAGUGGCACCAGUCGCUGUUCGAUCGAUUUCAUCAUGUACCACCUCCUGGGUACUUGGCUACUUCCUUACAUCAACUGGUGGCUGCGGACAAGGCGCUGUGGCUGCUCGUCGCGGAGGACACCAGGGCGAAGCUCACGGAGAUGGACCCUGACCAGCCGGCCCUGAGACUAUGCGAGUCUCACAUGAACUACUACACGGACCAUCCGGACGUCCUCUUCCAUCUGAUGCCGCUCAAGGCACAGACCAAGAAGACGGACAAUCCGGGCUACUCUCCCAUCGUGGUCCCAGAAGGCUGUACCAUCGUGUUCAACGGCGGCAAGCCCAUUUGCAAGAAGUUCAAUGUGGGACGAUGCAAGGUCAAGACGGCCAAGGGGGGCCGAUGCUCCAAUGGCUUCCACGUCUGCUGGAAAGACGGUCACCAGACCGGAGAUGUGGUGACAGAGAGGACUGGGGGUACAUCCCCAGAAGAAUUCGCAAGUGCAUUGAUGGCGGAGGACGACCUGUCCUACGACAGUCUUCGCCGUCUUUUCUCCCUUUUGCCGCUUGAACCCCCGGCCAGGGGCGUGGGUAUCGGGAAGUCGGGCUCCUUCACUACAGGUGCCUACUCCUUCGGCGGCGAGGUUGGACUUCGCCGCAAUCUUUCCUCCUUCCCGAUUACCUCAGCCCUCCUUGCCAGGCAUGUCCAGGCCAUUUCUCCGUCUUUCUCCUUCACGAGUGUGGCGCUCUUUCGCAAUUUGAAAACUCCUUGUCAUCGAGAUGCCAAUAACUUCCCCGACUCCUAUAACCUGGUUGUCCCCGUGGCUCACUUCGAGAAGGGUGCGAUCUGGUGUGAAGAUGAUGGAGGAGAUCAUCUUCUUCAGUGCGAUGGAGUACCUGGUCGAGGACGCCUUCUGGAUGUGGCGCGCGGACCAGUUCUUCUACCGGCAGCUUCUUCGAGGCAUUGCACCUUGGAUUGGACAGGCGACCGCCUUGUAUUGGUCGCGUUCUCCAUCCGCGAGGCCUUGGAGUUACCCGUUUUUGGAGCCUUUUAA